CCAUCAAGUACCGCGUACCUUAAGCGUGAAACCGCAAAAUCAAUCUCCAAUUCUCCGUUACUCUUAGGUAACACCGAAUCGAAGAUCCCAAUUCUACGAUUUUCCAAUAUGGUUUGCUUGGCAUGUCUGUUACCGCUUUUCCUCGUACCCAUCGUCAACGUUCUUCCUGUUCUCUUCUAUUACUUCAUCGGAAAAGUUUAUGCUUUGUUUGGUUGGGAGUACAAGAAGCCGGAGAGGGCUCCUCCGGUUUGUCCUUAUAAGCCUGCUGCAACCAAAAAGGAUAUCAAAGUGGGGGCCGAGGGUGAAUCUGGUGCACCAGAGACGGCUUCAAUACCAGCAGGAGUAACAGAUGCCAAGCAAGUGGGAGUGACAGAUGACAAGCAGGACUGAGUUGGGAUCACUUUCUUUUGCAUGAACAUCAAACAUUAAAUGUAACCAACGUGAGGCUUUACUUGGGUUAGGUGGCUUUCAUUAAACGUUUGGCUUUUUUGACGAAAGCCCUUGCUAAGUAAGAUAUAGUUUGUUUAAUUAGCUGAGCUACACAUUUGUUGGAAGCUGCAGAACCUUGUAUUGUAUGAAACGGUAAAAAAUGCAUCAAAUGAUAUUGGCAAUUAUCCUUCCAUGUAGAAAAUGGCAAUUUGCUCUA